AUGGGCCGCUUCGAAACACUGAAGCCGGAGACGCAGGAUAUGGUGAAUGCCAUGCUGCCUGCCAUUGCUUUUUCCUUCAAGAUCGAUCCGGAGAACUGCAAGGAUAUCAUCCCGGAAGACAUCCGCAUGCGGCAAUGGGACUGUGAGCGUCGCGAUCACAUCAAAGACCAACCAGAGGAUGAUCCGCGUAAUUGGGGUGUCGAGUUUCUCAAGAGCAUCCAAGCAAUCGCGCGCUUGAACGGCAGUGACCUCGGCGCAUUUCAGGAACGCUUGCGCGAGCUCGUUGCGAAACACGCAGAGAAGCAUCCGUGGGCCCGCCUUGAAGACGUUCGGCAGAUCAAGAACGAGUAUCAGAACCCUAGGCUGCGUAACCCGAACGGCCAAGUUCCCGAAUCCGAAUCAAGCUCCGAUGACUCGCUCGACUCUUAUCUCGAGGAGCUGGUCGAGCAGGAUCUCCCGAAAGGCGCGAAGCGUGGCCAUAACGAGGCGUAUGAGAGCCGCGUUCAGGGUUGGUGGAAGGCCGCGAAGCCAAAGAAACCCAAGAAGCCGGUUCGACUCCGUCGCGAUCCUGAUGCGGGCUGGGAUCGUCGCGGCAAGAACAAGAGCAAGAGCCGCGAUGUUAGCCAGAUCUCCGUCGACAGCGACGCUCCGGACUCUGUUCGGGAGAGCUCUCCUCCUCAAGAACCAAAGCGCCGGCGUCUGACUUCGAAGCGUCCAGCCGUAAAGAAGGAGUCACCCACCGUUAUCAGCGACGAGGAAUCCGAUGACGAUGUGCCUGUCGAGGUCAAGAAGCUCCAGGCUGAGUUGGAGGCUGCAGAGGCCGAACUUGAAGUGCGGCGUAAGAAGCACAUGUUACUAGAAGCUAAAGCGAAAGCGGAGGCUGCAAAAGCAGCUCGUAAGACAUCAGUCGGCAGUGCUAGUGUUCCGUCCCAGAUUGGACGCCACAGCGUCAACCGCUACGCUAGCUACGAUAGCUACGACAACGGCAAUGGACGCAACGGGCACAACAACAAUAACAGCGGCUUCACUGGCUUCACGGGGUUUGGUGAUUCCAACGACAACCACGGCUUCCGCGGCUUCAAUGGGUUCACUGGGUUCAACAGUAACUCCGCCUACCCACUUCAGACAAACCACCCGGCUCGACAGGACUCGCAAGGUCUUCCACCCCCUGAGGAUUACGAGGAGGAGUUCGACGAAGAAGACUUCGAAGACGAUGAGGAUGGUGAGUAG